AUGCCGAUCUGGUCAGGGAUGCCACGUCAGUUUGGUCCAAAGCUACGAGCCCAAUAUGCAGCUGCUAGUGAAUAUAGCUUGUCCCUUCAUGAUGACUGCAGUGGAUCAGCUGGUGAAAUUGACGACCCUGAUGCCAGUUACACUGAUUGGUUUCAGGUUGACGACGACGACAAUCCUGGCAUGACUCGUUGGGUGUGCGUAGAAUGUGGGAAGAGUAGUUUUGUGUGGAACGUGAUAGCCGAGAACUGGACAUGCAUGGAAUGUCAUGGAGAUCAGUUUUAUGAUGCCACGCGACCUGCAAGACACCACACACAACAUGGUACAUGGGUCUACAUGCCUCAUGAUUCGCAGAGCCCUGUGAAGACGCCAUCAUCACAUAAGACUGGAAGGCGAAAGGCGAGACGCCGUCGGCGACACCCUGCCGAUCCACCUGAUGAUUUGAUUGGCGACGGACAGGAAGAGACUGCUGAGUCUGAAGUUGCCACCAAUGACCCAGUAAUUGAUGUGACACCAGCUGGAUCAGUGCCUGUGCGGGGACGACCACAUCGAGCAGAAGCAAUUCAGCCGCGUGUGGAUGAUCCUAUUCAAGCAUUGACUGCAGCACUCCAACAACUGGCAAAUGCACAGACUAACCGGAGUUCAACCUCUAGUGAUUCCUGGAUCAGUGCUAUGGGACCUCAACGUGGUGUGAAGUUUCGUGGAGGUGCACCACCGCAACCGCCUGCAUGGAGCUAUUCUGCCUCUGACAUUCGUGCUUAUGAGAAGUAUGAGAGAAAGGUCAAGGUUUGGGAGUUGCAGGUUAAGCACUAUAUGACUGACGCUGAGGCUGCCCUCACUCUUUUCACUUCCUUGCGUGGUGAAGCUGAGCAGGAAUUGGAAUUUGUGGAUGUCAACACCAUCUACCGUAAGGGUGGUGUGGAUACCAUUCUGAGCCAGUUGAAACAAGCCUUUCAGCAGAAAACAGUGUACGUCAAGCGACAGUAUCUGCACGAAUAUGAGUCUAUCGGUAGGUAUCCAGGAGAAUCACUCCGAGCCUUCAUCAAUCGAUAUCGUCGUGCAGAAGCUUCCUUAAGUCCAGGUGAAGCCCUUUCAUUUGAUGCCAUUCGUGCGGCACUCAUGCUUCAGUUUCCGGAGCACAAGCCGACACCUCCUGUUGCUGGCCGUGAAUCCAACAAUGCUCCAUAUCAGCCUAAGGGAUCUGGAAAGAAUCACCAAGGUUCUACUUCGACUUCCUCAUCCUCUACAUCCUCAACUGGAGGUGGAAAGGGGAAGGGUUCUGGAAAGGGACCACGAAGAGUGUAUCAGACUGAGACUAUUCAAGAAGGUGAUGAGAAUGAGGAACAGGCAGAAGAAGGUGACAACGAAUUCCCCGCUGAUGACCAGCCUGAGGAACAAGGGGAUCCUGAAUGUGAAGACGCAGAAGCAGAAGUACAAGAAGAGGAUGCUGCCAAUUUGGCUGAAGUUCUCACCGUCACUGCUCGAAAGUUGGCGAAUGUCACGCAGGGCAGGAAAUACUCAGGUCAGCCAAAGAAGAGCACCCAGGAGAAGAAACGGACUUCUAUGUGUGCAGCCUGUGGCAUCAAAGGCGAUUGGGCUGGUGACCCAGAAUGCGAGAUGACACCGAACCAGCAGACAGACUCAAAGACUACAUCCUCCAGUUUCACUUCAUCCCAAAAGCAAAAAGGCCGUGAGGAUUCGAGCAGUUCUGCCAAAAAGGUGAUGACCGUUCACCACAGCUCAGGGUAUGACACCACCGUCGAAUACAUGCCACCUCAUGAACAACCUCAUCCACAUUUUGCUAUGGUUUGCACUUUGCCACAUGUUUGCCUGAGCACUUCAACAUCUAAGACUUUUGGUUUCAUGAUCAUUGACACGGCCUGCCAACGUUCUUGCUGUGGAAAGUCAUGGGCAUCACUGCAGGCCGAACAUUUGGAGUCCUUCCGCCUCAAGAUUCAUCACGAGGCCAGCUCUGAGCGGUUUCAGUUUGGAGCAGGACCCCCAAUGGUUUCUUUGGAGAAGAUUUGGAUGCCCAGUUCAAUUCAAGGCUGCUGUUUGAUUUUGGGAGUCGAUGUGAUUGAUGCCAAUAUUCCUUUUCUUGGAAGUCUUCGUUUGCUGAAGCGUUUGGGUGCAGUGAUUGAUUUGAAUCAGCAUGUCGUUCACUUCAACAAGUUGCAUGUCACCACAUCUCUUUCACGUGUUGAUGGACACCUUGCGAUUCGAAUAGAUGAGUUUCCACAUUCACCCAAUCGUCUUCGCAUUUGGUCCAUGAUUGCUGAUGCUGGUUUUCAUGAUCCUGAAGUUGCCACAGUCUUGAAGCGAUGGAAGCGCCUCAGUGCCAAGCUGCUGGAUUUCGGCAAGAACUUGGCUGUUCAGCUAUUCCAGGCAUUUCGUCUGGGAGUCAUGGACAAGAAGACAUACAUGAACUAUCUCCAGGAGAAGGACAACGCCCCUGUCAAGAACCGCGGCACCAAAGCAAGCGCGAAGACAGCGGCCCAGGAACAUCAACAGAACCUCCAAAGAGAUUGCCAACACCUGGAGUUCAAAAGGCACGGGAACCGCCACGGAAGCUAUGCGACGUGCCUCAGAUGCAAAGCCAGAUGGCUGUGGGACGGAACCGGAUGGAAGUUGCAUGGCUGCUCCUCCAGAUUGUUGCUGCCUCCGCCAUCUUUCUUGACGACGGUGGACGGUUCCAUUCCAGCCCCAGCAUCACAGGCGGAUUAUCUGCCCCUGGAAGCACUUGCCAGCAAGGCCAAACCCAAGCCUGGUUCGGGAACGAGGCAACCAAAGACAAGAUCCAGGCCACCUUCUAUGACAUCCUCAGCGGCAGGCCAUCUGCUCCGAGAGGAGGAACUCCAGGAUGUGGAUCAGGCCGAGUUGCACGUCAUGCAGCACAUGCCAUUCGAGCGCAACAACAAGAAGAAUGCUGUUGAUGUUUUUGAGCUGUUUGCUGGAUCAGCCAAAGCAACUCGUAUGGCAGGUCAGUAUGGACUCAAUGCCCUGGAACCCAUCGACAAGAACGAUGGCAAGGACCUCCAGGAUCCAGUCAUUCAGAGGAUGGUUGAAGAGGCCAUCGAUCGCUUUUCGCCGCUCCUGCUGCUCAUUGGAUUUCCUUGCACCUUUUGGAAUCUGAUGAAUGAAAACUGCAACUACAGCUGGAGAAUGCAUGAACUUGAAGCUUUGCGUGAACUUGAAAGACCUCUCCUUCGCUGGGUUGCAGACCGAAUCAAACAACAGGCUUCGGCUGGCAGGUUCUUUGCCUUGGAGAACUCUGCCAAAAGCAGAAUUUGGGAUGAAGGUCCUCAUCUGCCGGUCCCUGGACUUAAGACCGAUGCGACCUUCCCUGGCGCUUCAAAGACUUUGCCAGCAGCAGUCAAGGCCUCAGUGGCUCGACUUCACCUCAACACUGGCCAUGCCCAUAAGAAGGAGCUCAUUCGACUUCUCUCCUCCUAUGGGUCAAUCAAUUCAGCCACUUUGACUGCCAUCAAUCACAUGGUUUGUGGUUCAUGUGAACGAACCAAGCCACCAGCACCUCCUCGCCCAGCAUCCAUUCCACAGUUCAUGGGCCAAUUUGGAGAACGAGUUCAGGUUGACAUUGUCUACAUCCGAGAUCUUUCUGGAUCGAAUCAUCCUGUGCUCGGAAUGGUUGACAUGGCCACCCUGCUCCAACAAGCAGUUCGUCUUCACAGUAGAGCCUCAGCUCAUGUUGCAGACCAGUUCAGACGCAGUUGGUUGAUGCCCUAUGGAUAUCCUUUGGUCUGCGAAGUUGAUGCUGAUGGAGCCUUUGAAGGCGACUUUAGAACUGCCUUGGAAGACGCUGGAGUUCACUAUGUGGUGAUACCUCCUGAAGCGCCUUGGCGCAUAGGAACUGUGGAGAGGAGGAAUGCAGUUCUUCGAACAGCUGCUGAACGUUUGAUUGAUGAGAAUGCUGUGACCAAUGGCGAGGGCGUUGAUUGGAUUUUGAUAUCAACUGUCCAAGCCUUGAACAGCAGCACAGCCACCAAGGGACGCAGCCCCUAUCAGGCCGUUUUUGGUCGACUUCCACGUUUUCCUGGCGACCUGAUGAGUGAUGAUCGUGCAAUGAUUGUUUCAGAUCAUCAAAUGCUUGCUGAAGAACUUCGACAACAAGCCUUGCGAGUCAUCAGCGAGACCAGAGCGUCCCAAGUCAUUCGAAGAGCCUUGCUUCGAAAGACCAAGCCCAACAAGGAGGAGUCUCAGGCCAUUUUGCCUGGAAGCCUUGCUGCCUACUGGCGAUGGACCAAACGAGCUGCCGGCAAGAAGAAGGGUGGCUACGUUUUGGGCAGACUUUACCAUCAUGAUCCCGAUGGCAAAUCUGCAUGGAUCCAAGCUGGAUCUUCUGCAGUUCAAGUGACCUAUGAGCAGCUGCGCCCCACGUAUGGACUUGAAGCGUGGAACCCUGACAUGGAGGACAUUCGGCUUUUGAAGAAUGCUGAGAAGAACCUCAUGUAG